AUGAGGAGUUGCUGGCCGAAUCGAGGAAACUUCGCCAACUCGAUGCGAACAAAGCUCAACGCGGACAGGUUCAGAGUCGACUUCCAGGGUCACACAAAGGCCGGCGAUCCAACGGACAACGCAGCCGACAGACUCUUCACUAAUGUGGAUGGUAGUCUCCUCACAAAAACAAUCUAUCAGCAAUUUUUGGCGCUCACCGACAACUUCUAUCGAGAGACCGGUAGAGCUGAACCCCGUGUAUCAAAGCAAGAGGAGGAGCGAGAAACGAUGGCUUUCCUGUCUACAGUUCUCAAGUCGGCACCCAUGAAAGAGGUGUAUGAAUUCCUGAAUAAAAAAAGGCAUCCGUUCGCCGCUAAUCCCGCCGUGUUCGGUAAAUGGCUCUACCAGCUCUGGUUCAUGCACUACUCUCGCGCUCGUGGAGUGGCCGACUCGUCCGGUUUUGAGCACGUCUUUAUUGGCGAGGAGAAGAACAAAGAGGUUUCUGGAUUACAUAACUGGGUUCGAUUCUACACACUUGAGAGGAACGCCACCGAAAACUUCGACUACAAAGGAUUCAUUGUGAAACGCGGAUACGUCAUGGCCUCGUUGAAGUUCACCUGGAGAGGUGAUAUGAAGAAAUCAGGGUCGAUAAUGAUCGGUACAUCUCCUGAGUUCGAUAUGGCACUCUACACGUUGUGCUUCCUCUCUCGACGCGGUAACCAGCAAUGCGAGGUUGAACUUGAUGGAUGCCCCAUGGGUGUCACCAGCUACGAGUUGAUUCAGAACGGCAAGGUCUACAUUGGAACUAUUUAUCCAACUGCAGGAGCUCCCAGCAAUCAAUGCGGCCGCCAGUAG